AUGCUUUCGAGCAACAACGCUAAGGUUCGGGCGUCCUGCGACAUGAGGCUGGUGGACCGGUACACCGGAUUCUCAUCUUCGGUGCAUAAAACAGGACCUAGGAUUUUCAAUUCUGGUGAUAUUAGUAAGUUUGCUCCACAGUCUAAUUGUUUCAUAAGGCACAGUGAGAUCGAGGGAUCCGCGUACCUUAGGGAUGAUUGCCUGACGAUCGAAUGCGUCGUCACUGUUUUCAACAAGCCACAUGUUACCCAAACAAAACCAUUCCCUAAAAUCGACAUGCCACCAGCUGACAUGGCUGAGCAUGUUAGCAAGUUGCUUGAAGAAAAGCAGGGAUUUGAUGUCAGCUUCAUCGUCGAAGGAGAGACCAUUGAAGCGCAUAGGUUUGUUCUCGCUAUGCGCUCGCCUGUUUUCAAAGCAGAGCUCUAUGGGUCGAUGCAGGAGGCGAGGCCGGGGCAAUGCAUAACCAUCAUGGACAUGCAACCUGAUGUUUUCAAGGCCCUACUCCAUUUCAUCUAUACGGACUGUUUGCCUAGCGGUGAGGAUACCGAGAUGGUCCGGCUUUUACUAGUGGCUGCGGACAGAUAUGCAAUGGACAGGCUCAAGCUGGUUUGCCAAAGCAUCUUGUGCGAGGAUCUGAACAAGGACACCGUGGCAAUCACAUUGGCUUUAGCUGACCAACAUAAUUGCCACCGGCUUAAGAAUGCUUGCCUUGAAUUUAUCGAAUUAUCAAAUUUCACGGAUGCUCUGGUGGCUACACGACGGUUAAAGGAUAUCAAGAAGACUUGCCCAUCUUUCAUAGUGGACGAAUUGGAGAAGAGAACAAAGCGUCGUAAAGCAUGA